AUGAUCGGAAGUGGGGAGGACUCAGUGCCCCAGUCCACAUCUGCCCCAGUCCCACAUCUGCCCCAGUCUCACAUCUGCCCCAGUCCCAUCUGCAUCUGCCCCAGUCUCGCAUCUGCCCCAGUCCCGCAUCUGCCCCAGUCUCGCAUCUGCCCCAGUCCCAUCUGCAGUCUGCCCCCAGUCUCGCAUCUGCCCCAGUCCCAUCGCCCCAGUCCCAUCUGCCCCAGUCUCGCCCCAGUCUCCACAUCUGCCCCAGUCUGCCCCAGUCUCACAUCUGCCCCAGUCUCGCCCCAGUCUCGCCCCAGUCUCACACAUCUGCCCCAGUCCCACAUCUGCCCCAGUCCCACAUCUCUGCCCCAGUCUCGUCAUCUGCCCCAGUCUCGCCCCAGUCUGCCCCAGUCCCACAUCUGCCCCAGUCUCGCAUCUGCCCCAGUCCUCACGCCCCAGUCUCACAUCUGCCCAGUCCACAGUCCCCAGUCCCGCAUCUGCCCAGUCCACAUCUGCCCCAGUCCCGCAUCUGCCCCAGUCCCGCAGUCUGCCCCAGUCUCGCAUCUGCCCCAGUCCCAUCUGCCCCAGUCUCUGCCCCAGUCUCCAAUCAUCUGCCCCAGUCCCGCAUCUGCCCCAGUCUCACAUCUGCCCCAGUCUCGCAUCUGCCCCAGUCUCGCAUCUGCCCCCAGUCCCAUCUGCCCAGUCUCGCAUCUGCCCCAGUCUCGCAUCUGCCCCAGUCCCACAUCUGCCCCAGUCUCGCAUCUGCCCCAGUCCCGCAUCUGCCCCAGUCUCUGCAUCUGCCCAGUCCCGCAUCUGCCCCAGUCUCUGCAUCUGCCCCAGUCUCGCCCCAGUCUGCCCCAGUCCCACUGCCCCAUCUGCCCCAGUCUCGCAUCUGCCCCAGUCUCGCAUCCCCAGUCUCUGCCCCAGUCUCGCACAUCUGCCCCAUCUCGCCCCAGUCUCCACAUCUGCCCCAGUCCCACAUCUGCCCCAGUCCAACAUCUGCCCCAGUCCCACAUCUGCCCCAGUCUGCCCCAGUCCCAUCUGCCCCCAGUCCACAUUCUGCCCCAGUCCCACAUCUGCCCCAGUCUCACAUCUGCCCCAGUCUCGCAUCUGCCCCAGUCCCCAUCUGCCCCAGUCUCACAUCUGCCCCAGUCUCGCAUCUGCCCCCAGUCCCACAUCCCCCAGUCCCACAUCUACGCCCCCCCAGUCUCCCUCACAUCUGCCCCAGUCCCGCAUCUGCCCCAGUCUCACAUCUGCCCCAGUCUCCACAUCUGCCCCAGUCCCGCAUCUGCCCCAGUCCCACAUCUGCCCCAGUCUCCAACAUCUGCCCCAGUCCAACACCAGCCCCAGUCCCACAUCUGCCCCAGUCCACACUCCCCAGUCCAUCUGCCCCAGUCUCACAUCUGCCCCAGUCUCCAGCCCCAUCCUCUGCCCCAGUCCCGCAGUCUCACAUCUGCCCCAGUCUCACAUCUGCCCCAGUCCCACAUCUGCCCCAGUCUCCCCAUCUGCCCCAGUCCCACAUCUGCCCCAGUCCCACAUCUGCCCCAGUCCCACAUCUGCCCCAGUCCAACAUCUGCCCCAGUCCACACAUUUACCCCAGUCCCCAGUCCCACAUUUACCCCAGUCCCAUAUCUGCCCCAGUCCUACAUCUAUUCUACCCCAGUCCCAUAUCUGUCCCAAUUCACGCCAGCCCCAGUCCCACAUCUGCCCCAGUCCCACAUCUGCCCCAGGCUCACAUCUGCCCCCAGUCCCACACCAGCUCAGUCCCGUAUCUACCCCAAUCCGUGCGAGCCCCUGUCCUACAUUUACCCCAGUCUCACAUCUACCCCAGUCUCACACAAGCCCCAGUCCCGCACCAUCCCCAGUCCCACAUCUGCCCCAGUCCCACAUUUACCGCAGUCGCACAUCUGCCCCCAGUCCCACACCUACCCCAAUCCGCGCGAGCCCCAGUCCUACAUUUACCCCAGUCUCACAUCUACCCAGGCGCCACAUUUACCCCAGUCCAACAUCUACCCCAGUCCUACAUCUGCCCCAGGCUCACAUCUGCCCCAGGCCCACACCAGCUCAGUCCCGUAUCUACCCCAAUCCGCGCGAGCCCCAGUCCUACAUUUACCCCAGUCUCACAUCCACCCAGGCACCACAUUUACCCCAAUCCACACAAGCCCCAGUCCAAGAUCUACCCCAGACACACAUCUACCCCAGACACACAUCUACCCCAGACCCACAUCUGCCCCAGUCCCACAUUUACCCCAGUACCACAACAGCCCCAGGCCCACAUUUACCGCAGUCGCACACACGCCCCAGUCCCAGAUCUGCCCCAGUCCCACAUUUACCCCAGUCAAACAUCUACCCCAGUCCUGCACCAGCCCCAGUCCCACAUUAGGCCAGUCCCACAUCUGCCCCAGUCCCACAUCUGCCUUACACCAGCCCCAGUCCAACAUUAGGCCAGUCCCACAUCUACCCCAGCCUCACACUAGCUUCAGUCUCUCAUCUACCCCAGUCCUACAUUUACCCCAGUCAAACAUCUACCCCAGUCCCACAUCUGCCUUACACCAGCCCCAGUCCCACAUUUGCCCCAGUCCCACAUUUACCCCAGUCCCACAACAGCCCCAGUCCCACAUUAACCGCAGUCGCACGUCUACCCCAGUCCCACAUUUACCCCAGUCCCACACCAGCCCCAUCCCCAGAUCUGCCCCAGUCCCACAUUUACCCCAGUCCUACAUCUACCCCAGCCUCACACUAGCUUCAGUCUCUCAUCUACCCCAGUCCCACAUCUGCCUUACACCAGCCCCAGUCCCACAUUUGCCCCAGCCUCACAUUUACCCCAGCCUCACAUCUGCCCCAGUCCCACAUCUGUCUGUGCAGCUCUGA